GGCCGUAGCUUUCAAAUUUAAUUGUAAGUCGCUCUGGAUAAGAGCGUCUGCUAAAUUACUUAAAUGUAAAUGUAAUUGUCACUUGAAAAUAAUUUGUUGGUUGCCCCAAAACAAAUCUCAGGAGCUGGUACCGGAUCCAAAGCAGCUGUUAGAGUUUUAACCUCUUAAAAACUCUGUAAUAAGAUGUCAAUACCCUCCCCAGGCCGCUGUGGCUGUCUCCUCGUCAGGUGAUGGUGGUACCUGUAGGACCCACAUUGGAUGACUAUGCUCAGAAGAUCCGUGAUGAUUUCCACCGUGGAGGUCUGAUGACAGACGUAGACUGUGAUGCCAGCUGCACCCUGAACAAGAAGAUACGCAACGCACAGCUGGCACAGUACAACUUCAUCCUGGUUGUGGGAGAGAAGGAGAAGACCAGCGAGACGGUGAACGUGCGCACGCGUGACAACAAGGUGCACGGAGAGCGCAGCGUCAAUGAGUGUAUGGAGCGUCUCAAACAGCUGAAGGCCUCACUGCAGCACGCAACGCGGAGGAGGAAUUCUGAUACCGCUGACGGGUCCUUCAGUGAACCGCAUCUCGGAGGAUUUCAACUUCACUGGUUCAACUUCAAACACAAA